GCGAGAGCCCGCUGGAUCCGCGCAAUCAACAAAGUCCGGCUGCAGUUCCAGGAGGGUCAGGAUGACGACAGCCUGCCAAAGUCACCGUGGCUCAAAGCCGGGCCAGCCGGCGGCAUCUACGGCAUCGACAGCAUGCCUGACCUCCGCAAGAAGAAGCCCCUCCCGCUUGUCAGCGACUUGGUGAGAUCGCUGGUCCAGUCCCGGAAGGCUGGGAUUACCUCGGCCAUGGCCACCAGGACGUCUCUCAAGGACGAGGACCUGAAAUCUCACGUCUAUAAGAAGACGCUGCAAGCCUUAAUCUACCCCAUUUCCUGCACGACCCCCCAUAACUUCGAGGUGUGGACAGCCACCACCCCCACAUACUGCUACGAGUGCGAAGGGCUCCUGUGGGGCAUCGCGCGGCAAGGGAUGCGGUGCACGGAGUGCGGGGUCAAGUGCCACGAGAAGUGCCAGGACCUCCUCAACGCCGACUGCUUGCAGAGAGCGGCGGAGAAGUGCUCGAAGCAGGGGGCUGAGGAUCGCACCCAGAACAUCAUCAUGGCCAUGAAAGACCGCAUGAAGAUCCGGGAGAGAAACAAGCCGGAGAUCUUUGACCUGAUCCGAGAGGUCUUUGGCGAGAGCCGGCUGGCCCACGUGCAGCAGAUGAAGACCAUGAAGCAGAGCGUGCUGGAGGGCACCUGCAAGUGGUCAGCCAAAAUCACCAUCACAGUGGCCUGUGCCCAAGGCCUGCAAGCAAAGGACAAAACGGGGUCCAGCGACCCAUACGUCACCGUCCAGGUUGGCAAAACCAAGAAGCGGACGAAAACGAUUUUUGGCAAUCUGAAUCCGGUUUGGGAGGAGAAGUUCCACUUCGAGUGCCAUAACUCUUCCGACCGGAUUAAAGUGCGGGUUUGGGACGAGGACGACGACAUCAAGUCCCGCGUCAAGCAGAGGCUGAAGCGCGAGUCGGACGAUUUCCUGGGGCAAACCAUCAUCGAGGUCCGCACUCUGAGCGGGGAGAUGGACGUCUGGUACAACCUGGAGAAAAGAACGGAUAAGUCUGCCGUGUCAGGCGCCAUCCGCUUGCAGAUCAGCGUGGAAAUCAAAGGGGAAGAGAAGGUGGCCCCUUACCACGUCCAGUACACCUGUCUUCAUGAGAACCUCUUUCACCACCUGACAGAUGUCCAAGGGAAUGGGGUAGUGAAGAUCCCCGAUGCCAAAGGAGACGAUGCGUGGAAGGUUUAUUUUGAUGAGACGGGCCAGGAGAUCGUGGAUGAGUUUGCCAUGCGCUACGGGAUUGAGUCCAUCUAUCAGGCCAUGACGCACUUUGCCUGCCUCUCCUCCAAGUACAUGUGCCCGGGAGUGCCGGCCGUGAUGAGCACCUUGCUGGCCAACAUCAACGCUUACUACGCCCACACCACCGCCUCUACCAACGUGUCUGCCUCGGAUCGCUUUGCGGCCUCAAACUUCGGGAAAGAGCGGUUUGUGAAACUUCUGGACCAGCUGCACAAUUCUCUCCGCAUCGAUCUGUCCAUGUACAGGAACAAUUUCCCAGCCAGCAGCCGGGAGCGCUUGCAGGACUUGAAAUCCACCGUGGACCUGCUGACCAGCAUCACAUUUUUCAGAAUGAAGGUACAGGAGCUGCAGAGCCCGCCUCGCGCCAGCCAGGUGGUGAAGGACUGCGUCAAGGCCUGCCUGAACUCCACCUAUGAGUAUAUCUUCAACAACUGCCACGAGCUGUACAGUCGCGAGUACCAGAUGGACCCCAACCGAGCUCCAGACCUGCCUCCGGAGGAGCAGGGCCCCUGCAUCAAGAACCUGGACUUCUGGCCCAAGCUCAUCACCCUGAUUGUCUCCAUCAUCGAGGAGGACAAGAACUCCUAUGCCCCGGUCCUGAACCAGUUUCCUCAGGAGCUGGCGGUGGGGAAGAUCAGCGCCGAAGUCAUGUGGAAUCUCUUUGCUCAGGACAUGAAAUACGCCAUGGAAGAGCACGAGAAGCACCGGCUGUGCAAGAGCGCCGACUACAUGAACUUGCACUUCAAAGUGAAGUGGCUGCACAACGAAUACGUCUGCGACCUGCCGCCCUUUGAGGGGAAGGUGCCCGAGUACCCGGCGUGGUUCGAGCAGUUUGUCAUGCAGUGGCUGGAUGAGAAUGAAGACGUGUCCCUGGAGUUCUUGCACGGAGCCCUGGAAAGAGACAAGAAGGAUGGGUUCCAGCAGACAUCGGAGCACGCCCUGUUCUCCUGCUCGGUGGUGGAUGUCUUCACUCAGCUCAACCAGAGCUUCGAGAUCCUCAAGAAGCUCGAGUGCCCAGACCCAGUCAUCGUAGCCCACUACAUGCGGCGCUUUGCCAAGACAAUCGGGAAGGUGCUGAUGCAGUACGCAGACAUCGUCUCCAAGAGCUUCCAGUCCUACUGCUUCAAGGAGAAACUGCCCUGCAUCCUGAUGAACAACAUCCAGCAACUGAGGGUGCAGCUGGAGAAAAUGUUUGAGGCAAUGGGUGGCAAGGAGCUGGAUCCGGAAGCCAGUGACUCCCUGAAGGAGCUGCAGGUGAAGCUGAACAAUGUCCUGGAUGAGCUCAGCACCCUCUUUGGCAACAGUUUCCAGAGCCGGAUCGACGAAUGUGUCAAGCAGAUGUCAGACAUCCUGUGCCAGGUGAAGGGGGCUGGGAACGCCCCUCCAAACGUCGUGGCCCAAGAUGCAGACAACGUCCUGCGGCCCUUAAUGGACUUCCUGGAUGGAAACCUGACCCUGUUUGCUGCCGUCUGUGAGAAGACAGUGCUGAAGCGGGUGCUGAAGGACCUCUGGCGGGUGGUGAUGAACACCCUGGAGAAGAUGAUCAUCCUGCCGCCGCUGACGGACCACACGGGGACCCAACUGAUUUUCAGCGCUGCUAAGGAGUUGGGACAUUUGUCGAAGCUGAAGGACCACAUGGCCAGGGAGGAAACCCGGAGCCUCACCCCAAAGCAGUGCGCGGUGCUGGAGCUGGCCCUCGACACCAUCAAGCAAUAUUUCCACGCGGGAGGGAACGGCCUGAAGAAGACCUUCCUGGAGAAGAGCCCAGACCUGCAGUCCCUGCGCUACGCCCUCUCCCUCUAUACCCAGACCACAGACACCCUGAUCAAGACCUUUGUCCAGACGCAGACCGCGCAAGUGCAUUGUGGGAAAGGGAUUAGGUUUACAGCUAACGAGGAUGCCAGGUCGGAGAAGGGCUCCGGAGUGGAUGACCCCGUGGGCGAAGUGUCAAUCCAGAUCGACCUGUACACGCACCCCGGCACUGGAGAGCACAAAGUCACCGUCAAAGUUGUGGCGGCCAACGACCUGAAGUGGCAGACCUCCGGCAUGUUCCGCCCCUUUGUGGAGGUCACCAUGAUUGGACCACACCAAAGCGACAAGAAGCGGAAAUUUACCACCAAGUCCAAGAGUAACAACUGGACUCCAAAGUACAACGAAACGUUCCACUUCCUGCUCGGGAACGAAGCCGGGCCGGAUGCCUACGAGCUGCAGAUCUGCGUGAAGGACUACUGCUUUGCCCGGGAGGACCGGGUCCUGGGCAUCGCCGUGAUGCAGCUGCGGGAUGUGGCGGACAAGGGGAGCUGUGCCUGCUGGUGCCCGCUGGGGCGCAGGGUGCACAUGGACGACACGGGGCUCACCGUUCUGCGGAUCCUCUCGCAAAGGACCAACGACGAGGUGGCCAAGGAGUUUGUCAAGCUGAAGUCAGAGUCUCGCUCCGCAGAGGAAGGGAGCUGAGCCGG